AUGGAACCAACCAUGAUAAACCAUCCUCGAACAAUAAAUCUCACAUACUCGAAACGAAAAGGGAAAGUUGCGAGGUUUAUGUUCGGUGUGUCGAUUCGUUGUGGACCAGAAAAAAUGAAGUAUGUACAGAAACUCGAUGCCCAAUUGGCAUCGAGGGUGAAAACAAUGCGGAUAUUACAGUGGGGUUCAAAGCUUGCCCUAAUCAAAGAACAAUCGAAGAUCUGCAAACAUUCUUUGGAAAAUUGUUCAGAAUCAGUACUUUGGGAGGCACUACGUGGUCAAAGAGCCAUGUCUCAAGUAUCAGAACGUGUUGAACAAGAUGAAGUAUUUCACGACAAUACACUUAUGGUAGUUGAUACAUUUGCAAGUGAAUCUGAUCGUUGUCAUCUUGCAUCUUCCAUUGGUUGUAAGCUUCCUAGCAAUAGUGAUGAUCCAAAAGAACUUCCACUGGGGAAUUCUUUGGAAGAGGCGAGAUUGAACGAUGGGAAAGAUGAAUUAACAUGA